AUGUCGCCCUCCCUCCCCCUCCUCCGCUCCCUCAUCUCCCGAGCCGCCGCACCCCGCCCACUGCACGCCCUGAGCCGGCCAGCCGCAGCGCGCACCUUUGCGAGCACCAGUACCGCCCAUGCCGACCCGCCAAAGGUCCCCGUCGCCCUCAUCUCCAAGAUCCGCUCGGCGCGCCCGGGCACCCCUCUCUCGCUCGCGCGCUCAGCCCUCAUCGCCGCCAACCACGACCUCGACGGCGCCCUCGCGUGGAUCGCCGACCAGGCCGCCGAGUCGGGCGCCAAAAAAGCCGAGAAGCUCGCCGGCCGCGCCGCCGACCAAGGCCUCGUCGCCGUCGCUGUCCUCGCCGACGGGUCCGGCGGCGUCGGCGUCCGCGCUGCCCUCGUCGAGUUGAGGUGCGAGACCGACUUUGUCGCGCGCACGGACGAGUUCCGCGAGCUCGCCGAGGGCAUCGCGCGCAGCCUCGCCUUCUUCGCCGAGCCCUCGUCGCCGUCGUCGUCGGCGGCGGCGGCGGCGGCAGCGGCGGCGCACCAGCUCGUCCAGCUCGACCCCAAGGCCGCCACCCUCCUCGAUACGCCCGUCGUGCCCCCGCCGCACAAGGCCGCCGCGCUCGCCGCCGCUGCGGGGUCGGGCGACUCGUCGGCGCCGCCUUCGCACGAGACGGUCCACACGAGCCUCGCGUCGCUCGUGUCGCGCCUCGGCGAAAACAUCCGCCUGCACCGCGCGUCGUCGGUCGCGCUCGAGCCGACGAUGCCGGCAGACGACCCGCCGGCGUCGGAGCGCAGCGUCUACCUCGCGUCGUCGUACGUCCACGCGAGCAAGACGCCCACAGCGGCCGCCGCCGACGGCGUCCAGUCGGGCCUCCUCGGCGGCCUCCUCCUGUCGCGCCUUCCGGCGAGCUCGGCCCCGUCGGUCGACCCGGCAGAGGUCAAGGGCCUCCUGCGCGCGCUCGCCCGCCAGGCCGUCGCCCUCCCGACCACGUGCAUCCGCGGCGCCGGUCCGGCGCCGUCGAGCACGAGCUCGGGCGCCGAGUCGGGCGAGCCGAGCACGGCGCUGUACGACCAGGCGCUCAUCACGAUGGCGCCGAGCGCCAAGUUUGAGUUUGAGCACGGCAGCUCGGUCGGCGACGUCCUGAGCCGGUGGAGCGAGGCGCGCGGCGUCGACGGCAGCGGGCUCGAGGUCGUCGAGCUCGCGCGGUGGGAGCUUGGCGAGGAGGGCGAGGGCGAGCAGGCGCAGGCAUAG